GCGAGCCGCCGUGGCGACAACAUAAAUUCCUCGCCUCCUCGUCUUCGCUCCAUUCUUCUUGGCGUUUGUCGCAGUUUUUUCUAUUCUCGUCCCCCUCCCUUCCUUCGUCUUCCUUCGUCUUCCUUCGUCUUCACGAAACCAAAGCCAAAACGACUUUCUCUCUCUCUCUCUCUCUCUCUCUCAAACCCUAAGCCGUCCACUUCCAGUCGCCUUCACUCGUAGAGCAUCUCGAUCGUCGCUACCGAGAUUUCGUAGGACCCAGCAAUCUCCUGGAUCUCGCUCGCCGGACCGACCCAUCACCGGCCGGCGACCGAGCUGACCGGACACCUCGCUGCCAUGGCCAUCCGCGUCACCUUCACCUACUCGACCUACAUUGCCCAGGCCUUCGCCUCCAACGCGGGCCUCCGCGUCGGGAACUGCCGGUUGCUCGAGGAGUGCUGGUUCCGGUCCCGCCUCUUCUGCCCCAGCAAGAGGUCCGAACCCGACCUCAGGCCUCCUCACCCCGCGACCCCUCCGGCUCCCGCGUGCUCUACCCUCGCCGGGGAGGUUCGCCGCCCCGACUGCAGGGGCUCUGUGAUCGCCAGCUUGAUCUCGCUGGCUAAUUCGAUCGCCGGUGGCUCGUGUUAUUCUCCGUUCUCCAGCGAGGGCGUCUUCGGAAUUUCGCCCGGCAGGGCUUUACCAGCGGCGGCUGCUCCCGGCGGUGGCGUGGACGAAGGAAAUGGAGAUGCAGUGUGUUGUGAGAGGGAGGAGGAGGGCGGUGGUGGUGCCGAGAGGUUGAGGAAUGGUGCGGGGAAUGGGUAUUGGUUUUCGCGGCUUUUAGGGGUUCGUUUGGAAGAUGCGAAGGCAGCUUUCACUGCUUUGACUGUGGGUUUGCUCUUUAGAUCGCCCCUGGCGGAGGCGAGGUCGAUACCCUCUUCGUCUAUGUAUCCCACGCUCGAAGUUGGCGACCGCAUUUUGGCAGAAAAAGUGUCUUACAUCUUUCGACAACCUGAGAUUUCAGACAUUGUAAUAUUUAAGGCACCUCCAGUUUUGCAGGAUGUGGGCUAUGGCUCAAGUGAUGUGUUCAUCAAAAGGAUUGUGGCAAAGGCUGGAGAUUAUGUUGAAGUUAGCAAUGGUAAACUUUUGGUGAAUGGUGUUGCUCAAGAUGAAGAAUUCAUCUUAGAGCCGCUUGAUUAUGAGAUGAAGCCAGUGUGUGUGCCCAAAGGAUAUGUUUUCGUGAUGGGAGACAACCGUAACAACAGUUUUGAUUCCCAUAACUGGGGUCCGCUUCCUAUCAAGAACAUAGUUGGUAGAUCAUGGUUCCGCUACUGGCCUCCGUCCAGUGUACCUGAUACUCUGCAUGAAGCACACAGCAUUAACAAUGCCAUUUCUUUCUCGCUACCAACUAGACUCAUAUCUCUGUUCCACAUCGGCCCGGAAGUCGCCGAUACCUGUCGACGGGAACCGCUCGGACCUCGACGACCGAAGGAGCAGAAGGGAAGAGCGAUGACCGCAAGCUCCACCAUAGCCACUCUCUCUCUCCUCCUCUCUCUCCUCCAGCUGAUGUCAUCGUCGUUCCAGGCCCUGACCCCAGCUCUCGCGCUCAAUGUCAAUGCCUCGUCCCGCCCCUCCAGCACCGCCCUCUUCUUUCAGGACGUCGUGAAGGAGAUCUGCGCCGGGCAGGGGUGGGACCCGGACGCCGUGAGCCUCUCUAGGCUGGACUUGAGCAAAGCCAGGUUCGGGUUCGCCCGGAGGCACGAGUUCCGGAUCCGGUUCGGCAAGACCGACGUGUUCUUCUGGUUCUCCGACGAGGUGGCAUCGUGGAGGAGGCUGAACGCCACGCGAGGGGUGGGUUUCGUGGAUUCGGUGAGGGCGGUCGGUUCGUCGCCGGUGAUCGGAUCUUUCAAGGUGGACGGCCCGUUCGAGUUGCGGGCUGAUGGAGACCACGAGUUCUCGAUCUCGCUGCCGCUAAACACCACAUACACUGGAUUGAGACAUGUCUUAGUGGGUGAAGGCAUAACUGUGGAAGUGAAUGGAGCUCAAGAAGUUUCUCUGCUUUAUGGACCACAGUUCAAUUCUUCAGGCAACGUCACCAAGGUGAAAAGUGGAUUUUGGCCCUAUUGGCAAUCACUGUGUACUCCUUUGUUGCCCAUCUGUGUUACAGGAUCUGCAUCACUUAUUGCCUACAGAACUCGAAAUCCAAGUACUUACAUAGAGACUAAUUUCCUGUCCACGGGUACCAUUGAGUUGCUGCCAGAGAAAUGUUAUGGCAAUUUUCUGUAUAAGAGACCUUCAUGCCCCAUCGAUUCCUUGAGUUCAAGGAUAGCCACUCUUGAAAGAGUUCUGGGGGGUUUAAUGGGCGAUCGGAUGCGUCAAUAUGGGUUUUUAGGAUUUGUAAAAGCUAAAAUAAAAGCAGUAAUGGUUAUUCGUCUCCAGAUACAAUUGGAGCGGAAUGUUACGGGUAAUGAGACUCACCUAGUAAAGUGGGAGCAGUGGAGAACGAGGCCUACUGUUGAACGAGUCUGGUUCCAGGUGGUGGCCAGAGUAGAUGCAGAGAGGCUGACGCCCCUUAUUGUAAAUAAAGUGAGGCCUUUUAGUGGAGCAGAUACCGUUGCAUGGAGUAGCUUAUUGUCUAACAUCUCAUUCACUAAGUUCCCAUCCAUUUUAGUCCCUCCAGAUGCCCUCACUUUGGAUGUGAAAUGGUAAACAUCAACACUUGCCUCUCUUGUAACAUAGUGUUUGUUCUGGAAAUUUUUGGUGUAAAAAAUUGAGGCACGAUGUUCCAUUUCAUCUUGUUUGCAGGGAUUAGGAAUACAUCUCAAUUGUAUAAGUGCCUCUCAUUUGCUUGUGUAAAUAAUAUUUGUAAAGUAAAUGAAGAGUCACAAUGAGGUUUUUGUUUUCUGGCAUCCAUGAUGAGAUUGCGGAUUGAGCCUUUAGGGUAAUAGUAAGGUUAGUCCACUGGAGCCUGGAGGUGACAGGCUGCGAUUAUGGAAAAGGCUUCUCAAGAGAAGCAUGGAUGAGGCUGCACUGGCAUUCGCCUUCUAUUUCACUAUGAAAUUGACAUACUUUUCCUGCGCGAGUGCUACAUGGUAAAGCUUGAUGAUCGAUGCAACCUUUGAUGAUUAGUCCACUGGAACCUGGAGUUGACAGGUUGCGAUUGUGGAAACAGCCUCUCAAGAAAAGCAGGGAUGAAGCUGCACUGGAAUUGGCCUUUCUAUUUCACUAUGAGAUUGACAUACACUUUUCCUGUGCGAGUGCUACCUGGCAAAGCUUGAUGAUCAAUGCACCCUUUGAUGAACGUCAAUUCAAAGGUAUCGAGCAGAAGCCAAAAGAUUUUUAAAGACGCUCAGGUGAAAGGACUCGGCGGUGUUACUUGAGUUGUGGUGAAACGGUCACUAAUUUUGUAUUGUUAUUGCUGAGGGAAAAUUAUCAAAAAAGUCAUAAAUUUAUUGCAAUUGUAUCAA